CAGUUACGCCUCAGCCCUCCCGACAUUGGCCGAUAAGAUCCAAUUCCCGUCCUUCGUGCGGACCGUCGGUACCGUAGACUCCCAGCCGGCGGCGGUGGUCCAGAUGAUCAAGCAUUACAAUUGGUCUUGGGUUGGCAUCGUGUCCUCCAACAAUGACUACGGAGACCAAGGCAGCCAGAAGCUUCGGACAGAAAUGGCGAAGAGCGGCAUGUGUGUUGCGUUUGCCAAAACCCUACCGACUCCGCCAACCAAAGAAAGCCUGGACAGCGUCGUCGGCGCCAUACACAAAACGAAAACCAACGUGGUCGUGCUCUACGCUUACGCCACCGAGCUGAUUCCUUUCUUCCAGGCCGUCGCUGCCAGCAAAAUUGUUGGAAAGAUUUGGAUCGCCGUGGGAAGUUGGCUGCCCUCGGCCGUCUUUACGCAGAAGGAACUGUGGGCGACGCUCAACGGCACCAUCGGCCUCGCUAAGUACAGCUCAGACAUUCCCGGCUUUGGAAAAUUUCUUUACACCAUAAAUCCUGCCAAAUAUCCGAAUGACAUCUUUAUCAGGGAAUUCUGGGAGCAGGCCUUCGGGUGCAAGUGGAGGGAAAAUUCAUCCAUUUAUGGAGUCAACGCAACCUUCUGCUCCGGUGUGGAGGACCUGAGGAAACUGGACAGCUCUGUGUACGACACCACCAAUUUCCGUCUGUCCGUGUCCGUUUACAACGCCGUGCACGCCGUGGCCCAUGCGCUACAUGAUAUGAUGUCCUGCAAGUCUGGAAAGGGGCCGUUUUUCAAUGGAUCUUGCGUCAACUUCGGGGACUUCCAACCAUGGCAGCUUUUCUACUACGUUAAGAACGUGCAGUUCCUCAACAGCUAUGGUGAGCGGGUGGCUUUUGAUGAAAAAGGAGAACUGAAGGGGCUCUACGAUGUUCUGAACUGGCAGAUGUCUCACGACCUGAAGGGAGGCCUGGUGAAAGUUGGAAUCUUCGAUGACUGGGGCCCCAAUGGGAAGAAGUUGGUUGUAGAUGAGAAAGUCGUCAUAUGGGGAGAGAAAUACACACAGGCGCCGCCCUCCGUGUGCUGCGACAGCUGCCGCCCCGGAUUCUGGAAAGCCCCCCGGGAUGGCGAGCCUUUCUGCUGCUACGACUGUAUCCCGUGCUCCGAUGGAGAGAUAUCCAAUCAGACCGAUGCUGCAGGUUGCAUGCCGUGCCCAGAAGAUCAAUGGUCCAAUGAGAAUCGUGUGAAAUGUAUACCAAAGGUGAUUGAGUUUCUCUCCUACGAGGAGCCUCUUGGCCUGGCCCUUUGUGCCAUCACCACCAUCUGCUCCAUACUUACUCUUUCAGUCCUCGGUAUCUUUAUCCGCUUCCGUGACACCCCAUUGGUGAAAGCCAACAACCGUAGCCUGGUGGCUCUCCUCUUCUGUUUCCUUUGUUCCUUCUUGUUUAUCGGUCGCCCUACCACCAUCACCUGUCUAAUCCGGCAAGCAAUAUUUGGGAUCACGUUCUCUCUCUGCGUGUCAUGCAUCUUCGCCAAAACGAUUACAGUAGUGAUCGCUUUCAGUGCCACCAAGCCAAAUAGCUCUCUUCGGAAAUGGGUUGGCUCUUCCAUCCCCAACUCCAUGAUCGCUGCCGGAUCGAGCAUCCAAACUGUCAUUUGUGCUUCCUGGGUGAUACAAUACCCAACAUCUCCCAAUCUGAACACAAAGGCUACCAAAGGGGUCAUAACAGUGGAGUGUAAGGACAGCUCCAUGAUCUUCUUCUACAUCAUGUUGGGAUUCUUGGGGUUCUUGGCAAUCUUGACUCUUGUGGUUGCUUUCUUGGCUAGAAACCUUCCCGAUGGUUUUAAUGAGACAAAGUUAAUCACCUUCAGCAUGUUGGUUUUCACAAGCGUUUGGAUCUCCUUCAUCCCCGCCUAUGUUAGCACCAAGGGGAAAUACAUGGUGGCCGUAGAGAUCUUCGCAAUUCUCUCAUCCAGCCUUGGCCUAAUUUGUUGCAUUUUCGCCCCUAAGUGUCACAUUAUCAUUCUGAGACCUCAUAUGAACACCCGAGAAUUUUUGGUUUCAAAGAAUCAGAUUGGAAGAAAUACAUGAAAGUCAACUGUGAUUUGUUUUUUUAUAAUUUCUGUAGAUUGUAAGCUCCUAUGAGAAAGAACCUCAAUGACUGUUGAACCUCAAUAAAUAAUUUAUUGUUGUAAUUUA